AUGGUGUUUUCAGUAACGGAGCUCUCCAAGCUCUACUACGCCACAUGCUGGGGCCCAGAGCUAUUGCUAGCCUUAAGUCACAUGACGGCAAUCAAUCCAGUUCCUCAUGCCUCUGGUGCUCCUCCUAGCUUCACAGAUGGCUACAGAGCCGGAUUUUGGCAAAGUUAUAGUCAUUUCAAGGUGAAAGGCGUUAAUUUCGAUAGAUUGGGGUAUAACUCGAAAACUGAGCACGAGUGGGAUAAUGUCAUCCCACAAAUUGCGCUUUCCUUGUUAAGCACCAUAUCCAACAAAAAUAUUGUAGAUCGGCAUCUAGUCAUUCAUCAGAUGCCGACGCUCCUUCAUGAUGUCUCGUGUCACUUUCUCCAAGGUCGAGAUUCGUCCUGUCAUCGUUUAAGAUCCUCGAAUCGAGUCCGAUUUCCGGCUAUCAGACCGAUGCCAAUUGCAUUCUACGCUCAGAUUCUACCUUAUGCUAGGAAAAGAGAUUUAUUAUGCAUCAUAUUCGGAACACAUACUCGGUUCGUUAUCCGGCCAUCUCUGGGCCAGUCAGUGAUUACCAGUUGGUGGGAGAAGCAUUUUUCAGGGAAAAUAAAAGGAGAAAUAGUGGAACUCUUCACGAGGGGAAAGCGUGAGAAGAAAGACAUCAUUCUAUAUUAUCCCACUAUCUUCUUGCAGUCUUUUACCAAGAAAAUGACGAGCACAUGUCACUGUUCGCACUAUGAUAUGGCCAUUUAUCGACCAACUCUUUCGCGCAACGGUCGUAUGGAGUAUAGUUGCGAAGGUCAGCGGGGAGAGUGGUGUCGAAAACGCGAGGUAAAAGACUGUGCCGAGGGUCACACCCUUGUAGACUUGUGCCUUCCCAGCCUCGACCUUCAUCCAGCAUUCUGGCAGGACGCAUUCAAUACCAACGCGGUAGUACUGCAAAAUCCAUUUCUCUACAACGCCGCAUCGAAUGCAACCAUGCUUCACCAUAACCAAAACGCUAGAUCUCCAUCCAACACCAUCCAUCCAAAUUCCACAGGACGCGGGUAA